CCCUCCUGUAGUCACUUCCCACCGCACCCUCUCUUUGAGACUGCAGCCUGCAAGAGACAGAGCACUCUCACAGCUUACACUCUGGGACUGUCGGUCUCCAGGGUGAUCCCUUUGAUUUCGGUGGAAAAAAAGGAAAACUAAAAACUAACUUUCUUCAGUUGUUGUUGUUGAAAACUAUUACUUUUAGAAACAAAGAUGUCAGAACAGACACAGGUGGAGCUGUUUGUAAAGGCUGGAAGUGAUGGUCAAAGCAUUGGGAACUGCCCUUUCUCCCAGCGGCUGUUCAUGGUUCUCUGGUUAAAAGGAGUUACGUUUAACGUCACCACGAUUGAUAUGAAGAGGAAGCCAGAUAUUCUUAAACAUCUUGCCCCGGGUGCUCAGCCUCCAUUCAUGGUAUACGGGACUGAUGUCAGAACAGACACCAACAAGAUAGAGGAGUUCCUGGAGGAGACCCUGUGCCCACCAAAGUACCCUAAAUUAGCAGCCAAGAAUCCAGAGUCCAACACAGCUGGCCUGGACGUAUUUGCUAAAUUCUCUGCUUAUAUCAAGAAUUCCACUCCAGCAGCAAACAAAACUCUGGAGAACGGGCUCAUGAAAGCUUUGCGGGUUCUGGAUGGUUACAUGAACACCCCACUCCCUGAAGAAAUCGAUGAGAACUGCGCUGAAGACGAGACAGUCUCACAUCGCCGAUUUCUGGAUGGAAACGAGCUGACCCUGGCUGACUGCAAUCUCCUCCCUAAGCUGCACAUUGUUCAGGUGGUUUGUGAGAAGUACCGGGGCUUUAAAAUCCCAGAAGAGUUUUCGGGAAUCCACCGCUAUCUCCGGAAUGCUUACGAGCGCGAGGAAUUUGCCAGCACCUGCCCAGCCACCAGCGAAAUUGAACUUGCAUACGCUCAAGUGGCCAAACCUCUCAAAUAAACUGACUCGCGGUCCCCAAGAGAGAGGGCUCCUUUCCCUGCCACCACUAUAUUUAAAUCCCAUGUACAAACGUCCACGCACGUCACCAAUUGUUAAAAUAAGGACAGUGCUCAGACAUUUCUAUUGAUCUACCACGUUAUGCUCUAUGUUCCUCCCCUACACUUCCCUCACAUUUAUAUAAAUUGCACUAGGUAAAACCUAGAACCCCAGGAUCUCUAACAUUCCACACAGGCACUGCCCUCAUUGGCUGAGGCUGGUGUCUGUCACCUGAGCACGUCACACUUCAUCACGCCUCUAGGAGUCUUAUUACUCACAUAUGGGUUAAAUGGGGCUUUCCUGAAAAUGACGAGAGUUGAAAUCUGAUGAAAGAAUCUGAUUUACAGCGUAGUCCAAAAUAAAAAUAUUUUACUUUAGAGAUAAAUGAUGUACCACACACUGGUAGUAAAUAAUUAUUUUAUAAACCUUUACUAUUUCCCUGCUCGCAUUUUGCCAUGUGUCAUUUUAAUAACGUAACUUUAUUUACUUUCACCACCAACUACAUCCCAUUCACGGCCUAGGUAGGCAGACAUUUCUGUGUGUUUUAUCACGACACGCACUUGUUAAUAGUCACAAAUUGGUGUUUUUGAUGCCUAAAUGAUCCACACGAUCCCCUUUUCUGAUUACAGUUGCGGAUAGAAUUCUAGAAGGAGGGGCUGGUUAAUAUCCUGUUCACACAACCACAAAUCUAUCCAGGGAUUUGUAUAAUUGUCAUUUCAAAACUUUGCUUUAAUAAAACCGCAAACUG